UAAUAGUGGUUUUCUUAUAUUAGUAUAAGAGCUAAAUCCUCUAAUAAAUAAUAAUAAGCUAUGUAAAUAUAUGUUAUAAUUAUUUAUAGUUAGUAUUUUAGUAGUCGGAAUAGCACCGAUUCAAGAUUUCAAAGCUCGAAAGUCAUGAAUUAAAUAAUCGUUUACAAAUUGUUGUAAAACCCCAUAACAUUUAAUAUGGCCAGUGAUAUUCCUAAUGAUUCGAAUCAAUUAUUCGAAAAUAUGCAAUCAAUUAAUAAUAAUAAUAAUAAUAACAGAAGCCUUAGAGGAUUAUUUUUAGUGGGAUUAACUGGUGGUAUUUCUAUUGCCCUAAGCAUAAUUUGUUAUCCGUUCAUAUCACCAGCUUUGCGGAAAGUAUGUUUACCAUAUGUCCCAGCAACUAACUUACAAAUCCAAAAUGUUUUGAAUGUAAUCAAAGGACGAAAAGGGAAAUUAAUAGACCUAGGCAGUGGUGAUGGAAGAAUAGUUAUGAACACAGCAAAAGCAGGAUUUGAAUCAGUUGGUGUAGAGUUGAAUUUUUGGUUAGUACUAUAUUCACGUUUGGUUGCAAUGAAAUCUAAAAUUCAGCCUUCUCCAAAAUUUAUUCAAACAGAUUUGUGGAAAUAUCAUUUAGGACCUUUUACAAAUGUUGUAAUAUUUGGUGUUGAAGAAAUGAUGUUGGAUCUGGAAAAAAAGUUUACUGCAGAAUUAUCUGAGGGAACAGUAAUAGUCGCUUGUCGCUUUCCUCUCCCAAACUUAGAACCUUAUUUAGUCAUUGGUACAGGCAUUGACAGAGUUUGGGCUUAUAAAAUAUCUAAACCCAAAUCAUAAUCUGUCAAAAUAUGUUUUUAUAUGUAAUCAUAUUAUUUAUUAUAGUA